AUUUCGGAAGCAGAAGAUUCAGUAACUGAGAGGCCACCGUGGAGCUGCUGGAAACUGUUACAGAAGGAGCACCUCUCAAACCGUGCUUCAGGCUCUGAAAAAAAGGAGCACAGGGGAAGCUUAGUCUUGCUUUGGAUCCAAGCAAAUGCUGUCGGAGCGAUGAACUGGGACUUUGUGUGCGGACUCCUGGCUUGAUCUUGAUAGGAUUGGGUGUAUGUUGUUGGAACGGGCAGGCCAAGAGGCCCUGAGAUCUACAGGUGCCGUCUAUAUGGAGAAAAGCGGCUGUAGUCCAUUUCCAGUGUGUUGGGCUAAAGAAUAUGACAGAUACCUAGCAUCUAGCAAAAGAAUGGCAGCUGCUUAUCUUGACCCAAACUUGAAUCACACACCAAAUUCGAGUACUAAGACUCACCUGGGUACUGGCACGGAACGGUCCCCUGGUGCAAUGGAACGAGUAUUAAAGGUCUUUCAUUAUUUUGAAAGCAGUAAUGAGCCAACCACCUGGGCCAGUAUUAUCAGGCAUGGAGACGCUACUGACGUCAGGGGAAUCAUUCAGAAGAUAGUGGACAGUCACAAAGUAAAGCACGUGGCCUGCUAUGGAUUUCGCCUCAGUCACCUGCGAUCGGAGGAGGUGCACUGGCUGCACGUGGACAUGGGUGUCUCCAGUGUGAGGGAGAAAUACGAACUCGCCCACCCACCAGAGGAGUGGAAAUAUGAGUUGAGAAUUCGUUAUUUGCCAAAAGGAUUUCUAAACCAGUUUACUGAAGAUAAGCCAACAUUGAAUUUCUUCUAUCAACAGGUGAAGAGUGACUACAUGCUAGAGAUAGCUGAUCAAGUAGACCAAGACAUAGCUUUGAAGUUGGGUUGUUUGGAAAUUAGGCGAUCCUACUGGGAGAUGAGGGGCAACGCCCUAGAGAAGAAGUCCAACUAUGAAGUGUUAGAGAAAGAUGUUGGUUUAAAGCGAUUUUUUCCCAAGAGUUUACUGGAUUCCGUCAAGGCCAAAACACUAAGAAAGCUGAUCCAGCAAACAUUCAGGCAGUUUGCCAACCUCAAUAGAGAAGAAAGCAUCCUGAAAUUCUUUGAGAUUCUCUCUCCAGUGUACAGAUUUGACAAAGAGUGCUUCAAGUGUGCCCUUGGGUCAAGUUGGAUUAUUUCUGUGGAACUGGCGAUCGGCCCAGAAGAAGGGAUCAGUUACCUGACAGACAAGGGCUGCAAUCCCACACACCUAGCGGACUUCAACCAAGUGCAAACCAUCCAGUACUCAAACAGUGAAGACAAAGACAGGAAAGGAAUGCUACAACUCAAAAUCGCUGGUGCUCCUGAGCCUCUGACAGUGACGGCCCCAUCCCUAACCAUUGCAGAGAACAUGGCUGACCUGAUCGAUGGAUACUGCCGGCUGGUGAACGGAGCCACGCAGUCCUUCAUCAUCAGACCCCAGAAAGAAGGUGAACGGGCAUUGCCAUCAAUACCAAAGUUGGCCAACAAUGAAAAGCAAGGCAUGCGGACACAUGCAGUCUCUGUGUCAGGGAUCAAUCACUGCCAACAUAAAGUUAAGAAAGCUAGGCGCUUUCUCCCUUUGGUCUUCUGUUCUCUUGAACCUCCUCCAACGGAUGAAAUUAGUGGGGACGAGACAGAUGACUAUGCCGAGAUCAUCGAUGAGGAAGACACAUACACCAUGCCCUCAAAAAGCUAUGGAAUAGAUGAAGCCAGGGAUUAUGAGAUUCAGAGAGAAAGAAUAGAACUUGGACGCUGUAUUGGAGAAGGCCAGUUUGGAGAUGUACAUCAAGGCGUGUACCUGAGCCCAGAGAAUCCAGCUUUGGCUGUUGCAAUCAAAACAUGUAAAAACUGUACUUCGGACAGCGUGAGAGAGAAGUUCCUUCAAGAAGCCUUAACAAUGCGCCAGUUUGACCAUCCUCACAUCGUGAAGCUGAUUGGAGUCAUUACAGAGAACCCAGUUUGGAUAAUCAUGGAGUUGUGCACACUUGGAGAGCUGAGGUCAUUUUUGCAAGUAAGGAAAUACAGCUUGGAUCUAGCAUCUUUGAUCUUAUAUGCCUAUCAGCUUAGUACAGCACUCGCGUAUCUGGAGAGCAAAAGAUUUGUUCACAGGGACAUUGCUGCACGGAAUGUUCUGGUGUCUUCAAAUGAUUGUGUAAAAUUAGGAGACUUUGGAUUAUCUCGGUAUAUGGAAGACAGUACUUACUAUAAAGCUUCCAAAGGGAAAUUACCUAUUAAAUGGAUGGCUCCAGAGUCAAUCAAUUUUCGACGUUUUACCUCAGCUAGUGACGUGUGGAUGUUUGGUGUGUGUAUGUGGGAGAUACUGAUGCAUGGCGUGAAGCCUUUUCAAGGAGUGAAGAACAAUGAUGUGAUCGGUCGAAUUGAAAAUGGGGAAAGAUUACCAAUGCCUCCAAAUUGUCCUCCCACCCUCUACAGCCUUAUGACGAAAUGUUGGGCCUAUGACCCCAGCAGGCGGCCCAGGUUUACUGAACUAAAAGCUCAGCUCAGCACAAUCCUGGAGGAAGAGAAGGUGCAGCAAGAAGAACGGAUGAGGAUGGAAUCCAGAAGACAGGCAACCGUGUCCUGGGACUCUGGAGGGUCUGAUGAAGCACCACCCAAGCCCAGCAGACCUGGUUAUCCCAGCCCGAGGUCCAGUGAAGGAUUUUAUCCCAGCCCACAGCACAUGAUCCAGACCAAUCACUACCAGGUCUCUGGUUACCCAGGUUCCCAUGGAAUCCCAGCCAUGGCUGGCAGCAUUUACCCAGGUCAGGCAUCUCUUCUGGACCAGACGGAAUUGUGGAAUCACAGACCUCAGGAGAUGUCCAUGUGGCAGCCCAGUGUGGAGGACUCAGCAGCUUUAGAUCUUCGAGGGAUGGGACAGGUGCUUCCUCCUCACCUGAUGGAAGAGCGGCUAAUCCGACAGCAGCAGGAAAUGGAGGAAGACCAGCGCUGGCUGGAAAAGGAAGAGCGAUUCCUGAAACCUGAUGUUAGGCUCUCUCGAGGCAGCAUCGACAGGGAGGACGGGAGUUUUCAGGGUCCGACUGGAAACCAGCACAUCUAUCAGCCUGUGGGAAAACCAGAUCCUGCAGCUCCACCAAAGAAACCACCUCGCCCUGGAGCACCUGGCCACCUAAGCAACUUGUCCAGCAUCAGCAGCCCUGCAGAAAGCUACAAUGAGGGUGUCAAGCCGUGGAGGCUUCAGCCCCAGGAAAUCAGCCCCCCUCCCACUGCCAACCUUGACCGAUCCAAUGACAAGGUAUAUGAAAAUGUGACGGGCCUAGUGAAGGCUGUCAUUGAGAUGUCCAGCAAAAUCCAACCAGCUCCUCCAGAAGAGUACGUCCCUAUGGUGAAGGAAGUUGGCCUGGCCCUGCGGACCUUACUGGCCACUGUGGAUGAGACCAUUCCCAUCCUUCCAGCCAGCACCCAUCGAGAGAUCGAGAUGGCACAGAAGCUGCUGAACUCCGACUUGGGUGAGCUCAUCAGCAAGAUGAAGCUGGCGCAGCAGUAUGUCAUGACCAGCCUGCAGCAGGAGUACAAGAAGCAGAUGCUGACAGCUGCUCACGCCCUGGCUGUGGAUGCCAAGAAUCUACUUGAUGUUAUUGAUCAAGCGAGACUGAAAAUGCUAGGGCAGACACGGCCACACUGAGCCACUGGCCAUUGAACAUGGCUUUCUGCCCUUUGGGAGAUCUUCUCUAGCAUUCCACCAGCAGCGAGGAAGUAACCUUGUCCUCGGUCGCCCGCACUCACAGCUCCAACUGAUGACAGCUAGCUGAAAGUCUCUCUUGUAUAAGUUUAACUACUUAUACAUGGUUUUGAUUCUGUUAUUUUUCUAAAUAGUGUUCAGAAAACUCUGGAUCCAAAAUGUGGCAUUUUUCUGAGAAUGAAGAUUGUACAUUAAGAAGCUUUUAAAAUAUACUUGGUGUUCAAAUUGGGAUGUAUGUUCCUAGAAGUGGUAAUUCAUACUGACCAUGACUUCGAAUUGGAAGAGAAGUGUCUGAGAAGGGAGGGCUCCCAAGACACUGAGACUGGCUAUCCUUCCUGCCAGAAUUCCUGUCCAGACUGAAUUGCAAUAUGCUAAUCUCAUUUAUAGAGAAAGUGCAUAAAAGCUAUAUUUUGAAGAAUGAGUGGUUUCAAAAGAAAACUUCUGCCCUCCCUGUCUCCACCUUCUUUCCUGUGGAUCCUGAAGCAUUGGGUUGCGAACUAUCUCUAGAACUGACAAAAACUUGUCUUUCCUCCUCAGAAUUCUGUGCCAGUUUUGUACCAGAGCACUCCCAACUGCAUCAAGAAGUUCCAGGACCAUCCCUGUUCUCCAUUUUUAUAUAAUUUAUAAGAAUGAUUAAAGCCAUGUUGACUCUUAACAGCCACUGGAGCUAACUGAUCUUCAUUGCGUCUGUCUUCCCAGGGAGGAUCCUGCAGGACAAACAGGGAUGUGGUUUUCUUUAGAUGUCCAGUUGUUACACCAUGCAUUCUGUUAGGUGGUUUUGAGAGCAUACCUUCCCUUUAGUUUGUUGGGGAUAUAAAUUAUUCUCAGGAAGAAUAUAAUAAGUUGUACAGUUACUCUGACCUAUUAAAAAGGUGGCGCCAGGAAA